CGUGUGACUAUUAAUCUUUUGUUUGUUGAUAUUCGUUUGUUAAUAAAUAAAAUAACAAAAAUAUCUCUAGCUUAAUUUUAACUGAAUAGCUAAAGCAACUCCAUGCUUAUUAUCACUUUAACCAAAUGAACAUGGAUAGAACACGUCAUGGAAGCUAUUCCUCCCUAUCACCUAUUUAAAUAUAAAACAAACAUUUUGCCGGGAGUUUGUCACAGUGGACUCGCCCCUGCGCUGCCGCGGUGUGUUGGGAAAUUGCUGGAACAUUCCGUUCAGCUUCAUCAUCCAGUAUUGCCAGCCAACUCACGUAGUCUAGACUAGGAGGCCAGUAUAAAUAUAGGGAGCUGGAGACAGAGAUAAAGACAAAGUAARAUGAACACCUACAGACUGAGAACAAUGUGGCUGCCCCUGCUUGUGUGCCAGCUUUGCCUGUUUCUGCGGAGUGAGGCCCAGACACCCAGCACUUUUUGCAACAUGCACUCAACAUUCAGACCACCAGUGAACUCGGACAUCACAGUGACCUGUGGUACUGAGGUUAUGGAGUUGAUUAUCUUGUUAUGCCCAGUCUACUUUGGUGGAUACAACGAAACCCUGAUGGCCCUCAACACACAGUUCAUCCUCCCCGAGUGCCAUGGAACACCUGACUGGAACAUUGACCCUCCAAUCCUGAAAUUCAAUCUGUCAAUAACUGCUGAUGCUGUGGCUGUCUGCUCCAACACAUUCAGGAUAACCAAUGAAGUUGGUACUGGGUUAUUUUCUGACUUCUCAAAUGUCCAGUUUGUUAAUAUAUCUGGCACCAUCAACUCGCUGGACACCAGUGCAUCUAUUGUCACCUACCGCCGGCAGAUCAUCUACAUGUUCUCCUGUCGCUACCCUCUGCAGUAUCUGGUCAACAGCAGUAAAGUCACAGUAUCAGGUGUGAGUCUUGCAGUGAGGGACAAUGACGGCAGCUUUGUCAGUACACUGAGCAUGUGGCUCUACAGUGACACUGACUACACUCAGCAACUCAUUGUCCCAGAGAAUGGAAUAAAUCUGAAGACCAGAAUCUUUGUGGGGGUGAAAGCCACCAGUCUAACAGAGAGGUUCCACGUUCUGCUUGACCGAUGCUAUGCAACAAUAAGUCCCGUUCCCAACAACAGCACCUACUAUGACCUCUUUGUUGGGUGUACACGUGAUAGAAAAACCAGGGUUGAGUUGAACGGAGCGUCUCAGAAUGCACACUUCUCCUUUGAGGCCUUCCGUUUCAUUGAACACAAGAACAUGACCAUCUCCACUUUCUACCUGCACUGUGUCACCCGACUCUGUGAGGUGUCCUCCUGCUCGUCCUUACUGCCCAACUGUUCAGGUUCCUCCAGGAGAAAGAGAGAAGCCCAGGGAGUGUUGGCCAACGACCAGGCCACAAUCUCCUCCGGACCCAUCAAGACCAAAGUGGACGACGGUCUUCCAACAGCUUCAUAAUUCUCAUUCCAGUCCCAGAGAAGCCCAAUGGCCCAUGUGGCUGUCAGUACUGCGGUGCUGGUUGUCAUUUGUCUCUCCAUGGCCCUGUUCAUUGGUCUUUUGCUGAGGAGGAGAAGGUUAUCCAUCCUCCAAUGAGAUUUGGUCUAGGACCAGGGAAACACUCAGUGGGGUACUUUACAUCCCCAGAGCAUGUAGACAGCUGUUAUGAAGACACAAUACAGUGGCAGGUAAAAUGGGAAAAGGAUGGUUAGUUCUCAAUUUAUGAGUAAAGGAUGGUUAGUUCUCAAUUCAUGAGUAAAGGAUSGUUAGUUYUMAAUUCAUGAGUAAAGGAUAGUUAGUUCUUAGUUCAUAAGUAAAUUAUGGUUCGUUUUCAAUUCAUUUGUAAAGGAUGGUUAGUUCUCAAUUCAUGAGUAAAGGAUGGUUAGUUCUCAAUUCAUGAGUAAAGGAUGGUUAGUUUUAAAUUCAUGAGUAAAGGAUGGUUAGUUCUCAGUUCAUAAGCAAAGAAUGGUUAGUUCUCAGUUCAUAAGUAAAGGAUGGUUAGUUCUCAGUUCGUAUGUAAAGGAUGGUUAGCUCUCAGUUCGUAAGUAAAGGAUGGUUAGUUCUCAGUUCAUGGAUUACAAUGUUAUACACGUUAGUGAGAAAGUAUUAAGCAACAUUUCAUGCAUAAUGUUACAGAAACAUAGCAUUUUAUAAUUGUAAGAAAGUGACAGCAGGGUACUAGAGGUAAUCAUCUUCUACACACCUAAAUGUAUAGUUCAUAAAUACGGCACGUACAGAUUUUUUGUAUGAAUCUUUUGUAUGAUAGCUGACUAAUUGUCAGAGUAAAUUCUGUAUGAUAGCUAAAGGCCAGAGAAAAUGUUGUAUGCACUUGCUUGACAGAUGUGUAUUAAAGUACACAACAAAAAUAUAAACGCAACAUGUAAAAUGUUGGUCCCAUGUUUCAUGAGCUGAAAUAAAAAA